AUGAUGAUGCAUAUGAAUGUGAGUCACGACAUCAAACCAAUGGAAUAUGAGAACCAGAUUGAAUUAGCAAGGGAAAUUAUACUUACUUUUGUCGCCAUUUUUACCAUUUUUGACAAUACCAUGGUUCUGGCUGCUACAUGGAGAGAAAGGAGUCUUCAUCAACCAAAUAAAUAUUUUAUUGCUUGUCUGGCUGUAGCUGAUCUUUUGGUUGGUAUGUUCGUAGCCCCACUGGAGGUGUUUCAACUCACUCUCGAUGAUAAAUCGAGAUGGACAAUAUCCUUCCUUCUAUGUCGUUUUAUGGCGUGGAUAGAUACAUUCGCGUUAACAGCCUCUAUUUCUUCACUGACAUUCAUCAGUUUCGACCGAUAUCUAAAAAUGAGGAAGCCCCUUCAGUACAGAUCCAUAAUGACAACUUCCAAAUCAUGGAAAAUCAUCUUUAUCAUUUGGUUCAUUUCUGCUGCUUUUGCCACCUACAGCACCACUCCAUGUUCAGGAGGCAUUGGCAUCUGGAUGAUAUUUAGUCCAUGUCCCACCUAUUGGUAUUAUUGGAAUAAAAGUAAAGCAUUCUUUACUAUUCUGGCAGUAGGUGUGUUUUUUCUACCUAUGCUGGUUAUGUAUUCUCUCAUUUAUGUUGUUGUUCGUAAACGACGAAAGAUGAUGCGAGAUGGUGAACUGGGUCAAACCUGCAUUGAUCAAAACCAACGACGUGCCUUUAUUCAAGAUCUGAAGGUUAUCCGAAUGUUAUUUAUUGUUGUCGGAGUGUUUAUACUUUGUUGGGGUCCUUACUUCAUUUAUACAUAA